GCCUUGGCAAUGACGGGAUCCCUCUCUGCAACAAUAACACGACGGACAAAAACUUCGAGGACGGUGUAUUUCGAAAGCUCUUAAUAUAUUUCAUGAUAAUAGACGGUGUAGUGAGAAGCGUAGUUCUCUGCUCAUCUCUCCUGUGUAUCUGGACUGUAUCAAUGGUGUCGUUAAGCAGCAGAGCGCUGGUCUCUGAUAAUGACCUCUUUAGGGACAGUGUUAGUCUGGUCUCCCUGGAGCUUGAGGAGGGAGAGGGCAGUGAGGGGAGGAGCGAGGGGGAUAGCUUUGCCUCCGGUUACAGCCCAGAUGCCGGGGACAUGGGUGCUCGGCUCAGCUUCAGCCCCGGAGAGGAGGAAGAGGAGGAGGAGGAGGAGGAUUUUACCCCCAUAGAGCGGGAUAGGGAGAAGCGAGAAGAAGGCAUGCUGCAGGUCCCCAGGCUGCCUGACUUCAGUCCCCGCCUGCCCUCGCCCUUCUCUCCCACCCUUGAGGACAUCGAGGAGUUCCUCAGGGAGAAGAUGGAGCUGGUGAGAGAGGGGAUUCUCUUCUCUAGUGAACCCAUGGAGGAGCCCGCUCCCUCCCCUUCCAGCUCCAUUGAACAACCUCUCUCCUCCCCAGGGGGACAAAGUGACCCAGGGACCAGCGCUGCCCUGUCACCCCCCACCCCACAAACCCCCAACAUCCCUCACACCCACAGCCCAGCAGCCCCGUGCCCCUCCCCGUCCCCCUCCACCCCCUCAGUGCUCCUGGGAGCACCCUUGGUACUCCAGGUCCAGUCGCUGCCGCUGGCCCAGCCUCUCCCCCAGACAGGCUCUCCUCCUGGGGCGUCCAGUGGGCUGAGAUUGGCCCACCUGGUCUUGGGGCUCCACGGAGGGCAGAACUUUACCCUGCUUGCCUCACAGGUGCCCUCUGCCCCAGCCACCCUUCUCAACGUAGCCAGCAUGGACGCCGGAGUUCCAGACCAGAAGUACGUGAAGAUUGCCCCUCUACCGAUCACCGUGAGGAUUGCCGGGGGGCUUGCUGGGGCAACGGUGGUUGGGGGUCGAAGUGGAGGGGCCGUGGUGAAAGCUGUGGCCCCACAUAAGGUGAACAGACCCCCUCCUACAGAGACGCUGAGGGUGCACAAGUGUUCUCAUCCAGGCUGUGAGAAGAUGUACACCAAGAGCAGCCAUCUGAAGGCCCACUUCCGCAGACACACCGGAGAGAAGCCCUACACCUGCAGCUGGCCUGACUGUGGCUGGAGGUUCUCUCGUUCUGAUGAGCUGUCUCGUCACCGGCGCUCCCACUCCGGGGUCAAGCCUUACGAGUGCUCUCUGUGUGAGAAGAAGUUUGCCCGCAGCGACCACCUCUCCAAACACACCAAGGUGCACCGCAGCCCCCGGCCUGGCAAAAACAUCAGAACUACCGUCUGACCCAGCCAGCCCAGUCUGGAUCCUGAUGCCACCCACCCACCUUCACUCACCCUUAACCCUGUUACAGCACUUGACCAGGACGGCAGAAUUAUAAGUACCUGAAUUCAGAGCAGCCUGGUCCUCUACCUUUACCCUGGCUGUGCUUGCCCAGCCCAACCCAGCUCAGUACAAUCUCAACCCCACCACGGGCUGACAGACUCAUGAGACUCAUCCACCCAGGCCUACCCCGGGGAGGCCUUGCCAGAGAGUCUGGGUCCUCAUCAGGACUCUGGUGCUAUAGAAGCAGUCCUGGGCCAGAACGUAGGGUAGGGUUUCCCAAACUUGGUCCUGGGGCCCCCCCUGGGUGCCCGUUUUGGUUUUUGCCCUAACACUA